AUGGUAGUUUUAAACUUCCAACCGGUCCAGCUUACCACCCCUAAACAACUCUCAUAUUGUAAAACCAGCACCAUUGGUUACAGUUCUAGUGUUCGAUGUGGGAUUGCAGAGCCAUCAGGAGUUCCAUCUCCAAUGGGGCAAAAGACUAAAUACAACGGGUUUUUUGAGAAAGCAUUCAUGACACUCUUUGCACGGAAAAUGAAGAAGUUUGCAGCUCCAGUGAAAUCCAAGAAUGAGAUUGAGGAAAAGAAAUGGUGGGAAUACGACUAUGAGAGUUUUGUGGAUGUUUCCAAGAGAGUUAUGCAGGGCAGGUCUCGCGUACGGCAGCAAGAAGUGGUUAGGGAGGUCUUGUUAUCUAUGCUACCUCCAGGUGCGCCUGCUCAGUUUAGGAAAUUAUUUCCACCAACAAAGUGGGCUGCAGAGUUCAAUGCUGCAUUAACAGUGCCGUUCUUCCACUGGUUAGUUGGGCCUUCUGAGGUUAUAGAAGUUGAGGUGGAAGGAGUGAAGCAAAGAAGUGGAGUUCGUAUAAAGAAGUGCAGGUACAUGGAGAAUAGUGGCUGUGUUGGAAUGUGUGUGAAUAUGUGCAAGUUUCCUACUCAAGAUUUCUUCACCAAUGAAUUUGGGCUUCCAUUAACCAUGAUUCCAAAUUUUGAAGAUAUGAGUUGUGAUAUGGUCCAAGUUCCGCCACCAUUUGAGGAGGAUCCUGUGUCCAAACAACCCUGUUUUACUGAUAUAUGCUCCAUUGCCAAUCCCAGCUCCACUGUGUGUCCAAAGCUACAAGCUUGAAAGAUACUCUCCCUGAAUUCAAUUACAACAAACAAAGUAGUUCAAGUACGUACAUCGUGCAAGUCCACUAUCCAACUGUGAACUGUGACAGCCAUCUUAAAGUUCAACUUCAGUACAUAUAUAUUUUAUGCAUGUUGAACACGGCAAUCUGUACAGUAUGUUAA